AAAAAAUAGAACGCAAGACAACUCGGUUUUCUAAGUUUUAACUACUAUUUGAGAAGGUUCUUUUACCCUACAGGUUCUGCUAAGUUCAAGCUCUGCAAUCAUGGGUUCUCUCGGUUUCUUUGAGGAACCCUUUGGCCCUUUGAAGUAUCCAAAAGCUCGCAGGGACGAGUCAGUAGUUGAUGAUUAUCAUGGUUUUAAAGUGGCUGACCCUUAUCGAUGGCUCGAAGAUUGUGAUGCUGAAGAAGUAAAGGAGUUUGUGAAGAAACAGGUUGCUCUGACAGAGUCAGUGCUUGAAAAGUGCGAAACAAGGGGUAAACUUCACAACAAAAUCACCAAUCUCUUCGACCAUCCGCGCUACACCGUGCCCUUUAAGCGAGGCAAUAAAUAUUUUUACUUCCAUAACACCGGUCUCCAAGCACAAAACGUCCUUUACAUGCAGGUUGGUUUAGAGGGAAAACCAGAAGUUUUGCUUGACCCCAACACCCUCAGUGAGGAUGGAACAGUGUCGUUUAAGGCCCUGUCUAUUAGUGAGGAUGCCAAGUACUUGGCAUACGGGCUUAGUUCGAGUGGAAGUGAUUGGGUGACUAUUAAAGUAAUGCGAAUCGAGGAUAAAACAGUGGAGCCUGAUAGUUUAUCAUGGGUAAAGUUUUCUGAUAUCAGCUGGACACAUGAUAGCAAAGGGUUUUUCUACAGCCGGUACCCAGCGCCCAAAGAUGGAGAAAACUUUUAUUCUGGGAUACAAACUAAUGUUAACGUCAAUCAUGAGCUAUACUAUCAUUUCCUUGGUACAAAUCAGUCUGAAGACAUUUUAUGCUGGAGAGAUCCUGAAAAUCCAAAGCACAUGUUUAGUGGAAAAGUGACGGAUGAUGGGAAGUAUCUUGUUCUGUAUAUUGAUGAGGGAUGUGGCCCUGUCAAUAAACUCUAUCUCUGUGACAUGUCUACACUUCCUGGAGGUCUUCAAGGUUUCCGGGAAAGAAAUGGCCCACUCCCGUUUGUUAAGUUGAUAGAUAAGUUCGACGCACAAUAUAUUAAUGUUGCUAAUGAUGAUUCGUGGUUUACUUUCAUGACAAACAAAGAUGCUCCAAAAUAUAAAUUAGUUCGAGUCGAUCUGAAGGAACCGGGUAAAUGGAUUGAUGUUAUUCCAGAGAAUGAAAAAGAUGUGCUUGAAUCAGCAUGUGUUGUGAAUGGCAAUCAGAUAAUUACGAGUUAUUUGAGUGAUGUCAAGUAUGUGAUCCAAGUAAGGGAUUUGGAAACAGGUUCCAUGCUGCAUAAUUUGCCUAUUGACAUAGGAACUGUUUACGGGAUCUCUGCUCGACGUGAAGAUAGUAUCGUUUUCAUUGGUUUUACUAGCUUUCUUACUCCUGGUAUAAUAUAUCAAUGUAACUUAGGAACUAAGUUUCCAGAAAUGAAGAUAUUUCGUGAGAUUAGUGUGCUUGGAUUUGAUCGGUCGGAGUUCAAAGUCAAUCAGGUGUUCGUGCCAAGUAACGAUGGCACCAAGAUCCCAAUGUUCAUAGUUGGGAGGAAGGACCUAAAUCUGGAUGGAUCACACCCUUGUUUGUUGUAUGGAUAUGGUGGAUUCAAUGUCAGUCUCACACCAUCAUUUAGUGUUAGUCGUAUAGUGCUAGCCAGGCACCUUGGUGCUUUUUUCUGCAUCGCAAACAUUCACGGUGGUGGAGAAUACGGUGAGGAAUGGCACAAAGCUGGUGCCUUAUCCAAGAAGCAAACUUGCUUUGAUGACUUCAUUUCUGCUGCUGAGUAUCUAAUAUCUUCUGGAUAUACUAUGCCCGAAAAGCUAUGUAUUGAAGGGGGAAGCAACGGUGGGCUUCUAGUUGGGGCUUGCAUAAAUCAGAGACCUGAGCUUUUUGGUUGUGCGUUGGCUCAUGUUGGUGUGAUGGACAUGUUGAGGUUUCACAAAUUCACCAUAGGCCAUGCUUGGACAUGUGAUUUUGGCUGUUCUGACAAAGAAGAAGAUUUCAACUGGCUUAUCAAGUACUCACCAUUACAUAAUGUAAGGAGACCAUGGGAGAAACUUCCUGGUAGAAUGUUGCAAUAUCCAUCCACUAUGCUAUUGACUGCAGAUCACGAUGAUCGUGUCGUUCCGUUACAUUCAUUGAAGAUGUUGGCAACAAUGCAACAUGUUCUGUGUACGAGCUUGGAGAACAGUCCCCAGACUAAUCCGAUUGUUGGACGUAUUGAGUGUAAGGCCGGUCAUGGAUGUGGACGUCCAACACAUAAACUGAUUGAUGAAGCUGCUGACAGGUAUAGCUUCAUGGCUAAGGUGUUAGGUGCAUCUUGGAUAGAGUAACUCAUACCAAAUAUGAAAAUCUUCCUAGAGAUAGGCCAAACCUUUUUCCCGACAAGAAACUACAAGAAACUAUGUUACAGUGAUAUGUAGUUAAAAAUUUACUCAUAGUUAGAAUUCACAACGUUAACCUCAGGCUAUAUUUACAAAGUAUUACUUGUAAAGGAAACAUGGAUCAAGAUAACAAUAAAGUGUUCCUUAUACUCAGUACGCACAUACACAACUAACUGAUGAUCUAAUGUUUAUGUAUGUCAUGUAAUGUGCCGAAUUUUAUACAUAAUUUAUCUGAUAUUCUUUGAGCAA